AUGCCUGCCGCGGAGGCCGCUCAGGGGGCCCCCCUGGCCUCCAUCUUCCACAACCCCUCCAUCCUCGCCAAGGCCGUGGCGGGCCUGCUGCUGGCCGGCUACCUGGUGUCCCUGGCGGACGGCCUGCUGGCCUACCUUGCGCUCGUACCCGGCAGGACGGUCCCCUUCGCCUGGAACCUGGUCACCUACAGCUUUGUGACGGACAGCAUCGUGGAGCUUAUUUCGUCUCUCCUGGGUUGGCUGCUUUUGUCCAAAGUGGUGGAGCCUGUGUAUGGCGCCAAAGGCCUGCUGACCUUCAUGCUUGCUGUGGCCCUGGCCACUGGCAUGAUGACGUUCGUCACGGCGUUCAUCGUUUAUGUUGCCACAAGGAGCCCUCACGUUCUUUAUCGUAAUCUUUGUGGAUUCCACGGGGUGUUGGCUGGACUUCUGGUCACGCUGAAGCAGAUCAUGCCAGACCAGGAGUUGGCACUGUUUGGAGUAAUCAAGUUCAGAGGAAGGCACCUCCCCGGCCUGUACGUGCUGCUGACAACCGUCCUGGGGCUGCUCAGCGACCCCCUGGGCGUCCUGCCCUUCGUCCUGUACGGCACCUACUUCUCCUGGCUCUACCUCCGCUUCUUUCACCGCAACCCGGAGACCAACCUCCGGGGCGACCCAAGCCAGGACUUCAGGCUGGCGUCCUUCUUCCCUGAGCAGGUGCAGCCGGCCGUGGACAAAGUGGCGGGCAUGUUCCCGUCGCCAAAGCUGGGAGCAGUGCAGCCGCGGCAGCUGGGCCAUGUGCUGGGGGGCACCUCGCUGACAGGCGGCGAUGAUCACGAUGCCGCAAGGAGAAGGGAACGGGGGGCACGAGCCCUCGAGGAGAGGAUAAAAAAGCAAAAGGACGUCGACUUGGAGAAUCCAGGGGGCCAUGACGCAACUUAA